CGAGCACCGGCGAGCACAAGUUCCCGUUUCCUAACUCGGCGCGCCUACAGGCUGUCGCUUCCCCGCCAGCUUCCUCCGCUGCAGUGGGGCGGACCGGAACUUUUGUCCUUAGGAACGGGUUUACGCAGUUGAGUGUUGCCGGCCGGCGUCAAGGAGAAUAGGGUGCCAUCCUCUUCCUCUCGCCGUCGCCGCCGCGGAGCGGAGCCGAGCUGAUUUGAUCCGGGAGCGCGGUUACCGGACGGGCUGUGUCUAUGGUCGCUCCGCGGGCCGCUCCGCCGGCUGGUGCUUUUUUAUCAGGGCAAGCUGUGUUCCAUGGCGGGGAACUUUUGGCAGAGCUCCCACUAUUUGCAAUGGAUUUUGGAUAAACAAGAUUUGUUGAAGGAGCGCCAAAAGGACUUAAAGUUUCUCUCAGAAGAAGAAUAUUGGAAAUUACAAAUAUUUUUUACAAAUGUUAUCCAAGCAUUAGGUGAACAUCUUAAAUUAAGACAACAGGUUAUCGCCACUGCUACAGUCUAUUUCAAGAGAUUCUAUGCCAGGUAUUCUCUGAAAAGUAUAGAUCCUGUAUUAAUGGCUCCUACAUGUGUGUUUUUGGCAUCCAAAGUAGAGGAAUUUGGAGUAGUCUCAAAUACAAGAUUGAUUUCUGCUGCUACUUCUGUAUUAAAAACUAGAUUUUCAUAUGCCUUUCCAAAGGAAUUUCCUUAUAGGAUGAACCAUAUAUUAGAAUGUGAAUUCUAUCUUUUAGAACUAAUGGAUUGUUGCUUGAUAGUGUAUCAUCCUUAUAGACCUUUGCUCCAGUAUGUGCAGGACAUGGGCCAAGAAGACAUGUUGCUUCCCCUUGCAUGGAGGAUAGUGAAUGAUACCUACAGAACGGAUCUUUGCCUACUGUAUCCUCCUUUCAUGAUAGCUUUAGCUUGCCUACAUGUAGCCUGUGUUGUACAGCAGAAAGAUGCCAGACAGUGGUUUGCUGAGCUUUCUGUGGAUAUGGAAAAGAUUUUGGAAAUAAUCAGGGUUAUUUUAAAACUAUAUGAGCAGUGGAAGAAUUUUGAUGAGAGAAAAGAGAUGGCAACUAUUCUUAGUAAGAUGCCGAAACCAAAACCACCUCCAAACAGAAAUUCCCUGAGUGAUUCUCCACCAGUGGCAGGGCCUGAAGCUACAAGAUGAUGGUGGACAAGAUAAGGCAAUAAUCCCAUUGCCACAGUCACUGUGAAGGAGAGCAGGGUCCAAAUGGAAGUCAGAACUCUAGCUACAGCCAAUCUUAAAACAUUCCGAAGAAUUCCGUAGUGGACUACUUGGAAAUAAACCAUUGGACAGAUUUCAGUAAUGUCUUCAAUGGAACACAAAUGAAAAUGAAUAGCUUGUUUCUGUCAAGCAUAUUGGGAAGUGAUUUUAUUUUUGCAAAAUAAGUUUUUCUUUAUCUAAUUUGAUUCUAAUACAUAACUGAUUAAAAUCUCUUGACUAUAGAAGUUUGGAAAGGUUCUAAGGGGACCUAUAGAUAGACAUACAUAGACAUUUCAAAAUUAAUAGCUUUUGAUUAGCAUAAUACUUCUUAAUUUGGAUAAUAGAAAUUGUAGCUUUUUAUUAAGCCAGGAAACAUGGAACAUAAUUUGUUUAAAAUUUCCUUUGGUCAUGGAAGGACCAAAAAAGGACAUAAAAAGUCAGUAUAUGAGGGGUUUUUCCCCCUCCAUAGGUUUAACUUUAAACUAUUUAAGGAAUCAAGUCUUACAAAAUCCUGGAAGAUUUUGGUAAUGAUGUUGAUAAUUUCAGGGAAAUUAAUCAAGUACCUAUUGAUUUUAAAGUAUAUUUUAUUCAGUAGUUUUGGUAUCUUGCCAUGGAAGAUACUGGCCCCAGCCUAGCAGAAAAGUGCAAUAUGUAUAGCAUACUUUUACAUUUUGAAAGUAUUCCAUAACCAUUUUGACAUGCUGGGCAAACUUAAAAAGAAAAAACUACAUGAAGUUAUCUGUAAUUAUUUCACAGUUAAUCAGGCAUUUUGAAAGUUUAAUUAUACUAAAAUAAAGUUGAAAUUUGGUAAAAUUUUAAUGUUAAUUUUUACUGUGAAAAAUUUUUAACAAGAUAGACACACCCUAUUUUAAUUUUGUGUUUUAGUGUGGAUUUACAAAUUUACUAUAGGUAUCCUGAGCCAGGAAUUCAAUCAGGUUUCAGGCCAGUUUGAUACUGGCUAUUCUUAAUUCUCAUGUGAGUGUAGGACUUCAUACUAAUUGUUACGUCAGUGGGACUGUGCUGUCUGUGGAAUUUAAUAAUCGUUUUCUUCAGACUUGAAGGAGAGUGAUUAAAAAAAAUUUGGAGUCAUAGGAUAUUGAUGUACAAUUUAAGGAUUAAAAUUUUUUUAAUAAAUCAGUUGUGGACAAUGAGUUAUUAAAUGUUGACUUCCUAGUAUAAAACUGCAAAAAUAAAAGUAAGUUCUCCGGCU